AUGUUCAAGACCAGCUACCUGCGCGAGGUGCGCAAGGAAAAGUAUGAGCGCUCAGACGUCUUCGAUGAGGAACCUGAGGACUCUGAAUCCUCUGCAGGCAUCUCAGCCAUCCAGGGCUGGGAGAGCCUUCAGGAGCUCAACAGCCGCUUCGCCCGGUACAUCAACAGGGCCCGAGUGCUGGAGCAACGCAACGCCGUGUUCCGCAAGCAGCUGGAGACGCUGCAGCGGAUGGAAGAGGCCAGCGGCCUAGAGGAGGCGUUCACAGAGCAGAUUGACGUCAACAGGCAGCGCAUCCGAGAGCUGUUCUCUGACCGUGCCAAGCUGGAGCGAGAGCUGAAAGACGCUUGCCGCAUGCUGGAUGAAUUCACCAGCAAAUAUAGAAAUGAAUGUGAUUAUCAAGAACAGCUACGAGGCACGCUGGAACAGUUGAACAAGGAGGCUGACGGUGCCCUGCUCAGAAACCUGGAGUACCAGAUCCAAUCACAGUUCCUGCAGGACGACAUCAACUCCACCAGAGACAGACACAAGAAGAACCUUGCAGAGAUCCAGACCUAUGUGAACAUUUUGCAGCAAAUCAACCAGACACUUCCCCUUGUUCCCAAUGUGUCAGUGGGCAUCUCCGAGGAGCAGGAGAAGCUGCUGGCCCAGAGGAAAGUGCCGGGGCUGCAGAGUCAGCUGGAGGAAUAUAAGAGCGCCCUCUGUCAGCUGCAGGCCCAGAAACAACGCCUACAGGCUGAGACUUCUGCGUUGGAGCAAGCCAUCAAAAACACACAGGAGAGCUACGAUGACGAGAUCCAGAUGAACAACGAGCAAAUCGAAUCUCUGCGGAAGGAGAUCGAGGAAGCUGAGAGGUCCCUGGAGAAGUUCACCAGUGAAUGUCGCCACCUUGCCAUGUACCAGACGUCUCUUGAGAAUGAGCUGGAGAGGUACAAGAGGAUCAUCGAGAACGAAGACAACAGGUUGAAUUCAGCGAUAAUUGGCACUCCGAUUACCCUGUUCACAACUAAUUACCGCUACACUCACACACCCACUGCAUCAAGCAGGGGGAGAGAUAUCACCCAGGCUAUCCAAGAUAUCACCAGCAUCAAGCCCCGCCAGAAGAUUCUGGCCAAGAAGGUCCUGAAGAAGAAGGAGCUGACCCCGAAAGACGUGAUGGACAGUGGCCAGGAGGAAAGAAACGGGGGAGCUGCUGGAGAGGCUCCAGAUGAAGAAACAAAGGGGAACCCUGAGGAAGUUCAGGAGGAGAGGGUGAAGAGCAAUGAGCAGAGAUCGGUUGUCACUGGAGUGUCUCCACAGGAUGUCCCAGAUGGAGCCCAGAUCAGUAAGGCCUUUGACACUCUUUGUAACAUCGUCAGAGACAGAAUGAGGAAGUACAAGAAGCCAGAGCCAAUCGCUGACUUCUAUACCAAGGGUCGUUAUGUUCUUGUCACCGGUGACGGCAGCUACCCAGAUCCCUGCUUCUGCACCUCCACACCAUCAGCCGGCCACAUCUUCGUCACUAUCAGAGAUGGAAUGAUGCCUCCCUAUGAGCCUUACGGACGUAGCAUGCCCUCUCCUCCCCCUCCUCAGCCCAUGAUAACCCCAAGGCCUCUCAGUCCCACCCUGCCAUCUACUGGCGGAGGAGCAAAGGAGGAUGAUAAGGGUGGAAGAGGUAAGGAAGGUAAUGGAGGUAAAGGUAAGCACAGGAAUGGAGAGCCUCACCCUCAAGCUAAAGAUCCAAGACCAGUCCCUCCACCUUCAGGCCCUAGCGCCGGCCCCAAAGAUCCCACUCCAGCUGCCACUCAUCCCAAGAAAAACAGGGAUGACAACGGGCCUAGUGGGCCCACUCCAAAGCCUGCUCCUCGUGGUGCCAGCACCAGCUCCAGCUCCAGCUCCAGCACCAGCACCAGCACCAGCUCUGGCAGCUUUAGCCCAGACGCCAUGAGCUAUGAGAAGGUGGAGGUGGUGGAGUCUGUGGAGAAGUUCUCCAAUGACCGUAAGAUUAAAGGUUAUGAGGAGACUUCCAUGGUGGUGGAAACCAUGAUCGAGAAGUCCAGCAAGAAGAAACAUUGA